UGUACUCUUGUACAUGACAGUUUUAUUCGAAAUAUUUAUUUUUGACAAUUUUUAAAUCAUGGAUACACGAAAAAAUUGGAAAACUAUAUCAUUGCUUGUUUGUGUAUUUGCUAUGGUUAGAGAAAUUCGACCAAUUAAACCAUUUAUUACYUCAUACCUGAAAAGUAUGAAUUUUUCAUUGAACCAGAUCAAYGAAGAGAUUUAUGUUGUGGGGACUUACUCGUGUCUUGUAUUAGCCAUUGUAGUAUUCUUAAUAACGGAUUAUUUUCGGUACAAACCGUUGAUCAUUGCAGAUGGAAUUUCCGGAAUCGUUUCAUACGUCUUAAUGUUAGGAACACCAAGUUUAUUCAGAGUUCAAAUUGGACAGAUUUUCUUUGGAUUUUUUUAUGCCUCAGAAGUUGCAUUCACUACAUAUUUAUACGCCAAGAUCGACGACAAACAGUUAUAUCAAAAAAUCACCAGUAUAGUGAAAGCAUCCAUAUUAUUUGGCAGAUUCUUAUCUGGCUUAAUCGCACAAAUUAUUGUUUCUACGAAUCUAUUGGACAAAGUUUAUCUACUCUACAUUACUAUAUUAAGUACUUUAUUUGUAACAAUUUGGGCGUUUUUUCUACCUAAAGUGAAACACAGUCUAUACUUCCAUUCAAAAAAUGAAUUUACAGAUAACAUUAAGUUGCAUCGAUCKAAUUAUGAGAAUGAUGUUCCUGAAACUUCAAAAUCAGUUAAAAUUAAAAAAGUGGAACAGAUGAUUUUCAAUGAUUUUAAAUCUGCAUAUCAAAAUAGUUAUGUAGUCAAAAAAAGUUGUUGGUGGAUAUUAUCAUUUGUUGGUCAUUUUUUAGUUGGAUUGUUUAUUCAAGUGGUAUGGGAGAAUGCCAACAAUAAUAAAAGGGAUCUGAUGAAUGGUGCUGUCGAAUCUAUACAUACUCUUUGCGGUGCAGCAGGCGCAUACAUCGUUGGUCACUUGCACUACGAUUGGAAAAAAUUUGAUGAUAUUAUAUUUACUAUUGGAACAUUUUUUGUGGCCUUACUAUUAUUCAUUAUAUAUUAUUGCGAUACGUUAUGGAUAUUAUACCUGGUAUACAUAAUAUAUGGUACUUGUUUCCAAGUAUUGUUAACUGUCACUACCYCUGAAGUUGCAAAAUACAUAAAACCUGACAGUUAUGGACUAAUAUUUGGUUUUAAUUUGUUUAUGUCAUUGUUGAUUAUCUCAAUAUACACAUUAUUAUUUAUCCAAGGCUUUAUUGUUAURAUAGAGGCAAAAAAUCAGAUAUUAUCAGUUUCUAUGAUGUUUGCUUCAAUGUCUGCAUUGUUAUUUAUCGUGGCUGUUUGGAAAUUCGCAAAUUCUAGAAAAUAA